AUGACAGCGUUGAUCAUGUCACCGUGGACUAACUCUGGCUUCUGUAUUCCUUAUGCCGAGUUAACAAAUGCUGGUAUUCUGGCAUUUAACGACUUGAGGGCUUUGCGCUUUCAAAGCCUCACAAGUUACGUAAAUCCUUCAAAGAGGAAGUCUACCUCAACCAAGACCUUCAAUCUGGAGCUUCAAAUGUAUUACGGCCACGAUGGUCUAUAUGGCUCGUGUGAGAAGAAGUACUGUGGCCGUGGGGAACAGUGUAACGUCAGUAAGGAAACGAGGCAGCCAGUGUGUGUGUGCCUACAGAAAUGCAAGCCCAAUUACAUACCAGUCUGCGGCUCCGAUGGGAAGUUUUAUGAGAAUCACUGUGAGCUACAUCGUUCUGCUUGCUUGCAGAAAGCCAAGAUCUACAUCACUCACAGUAAAGAAUGUUUUUUCCGAGGUGAAAGGUGUAAUUUGGCGGACUACAGCAGAUUGAAGAGUAUGCUGUUGGACCUUGAGAGCCAGAGGUACUUCGAAGAAGGGAGUGUUCAGCAAAACACAAUGUCCCUGAAGAGGCUUUUGGUGGGAAACAUGUUCAAAUACUUUGACGUAAAUGAGGAUGGCCUUGUUGACCACAGUGAAUUGGGACAGGUAAUGAUGCAGGAUGCCCUUGAUGAUGAUCUCUUCGACUGUAAUCUGUUUGAUCUUCUUCAGUACGACGAUUACAACAACGACCAACUUCUGACACAAAAAGAACUAUACACAGCAUUCCAGGUUAUUGAACUGAGCCUCCGUGAAGAUCAGAAAGUCAGUGUGACCACAGUAACUGUGGGUCUGAGUGCCGUCUUAUCUUGUGCCAUUCAAGGUAACUUGAGACCACCGAUCAUCUGGAAACGCAAUGGAAUCAUAUUAAACUUCUUGGAUCUGGAAGAUAUUAAUGACUUUGGUGAUGAUGGCUCCCUAUAUAUCACCAAGGUUACAAUGAUCCACUUGGGGAAUUAUACAUGCCAUGCUUUUGGCUAUGACGAGCUCUUCCAGACCCACAUCCUCCAGGUGAAUGUUCCGCCAGUGAUCAGAGUGUACCCAGAGAGCCAGGCACAGGAGCCUGGAGUGACUGCCAGCUUGAAGUGCUAUGCAGACGGCAUUCCCAACCCCCAAAUCACUUGGCUGAAGAAUGGUCUGGACAUUUCUCCAAGAUUCCCAAAGCAACUCACACUGUUAGCAAACGGAGGUGAAAUUCACAUUAAGAGUGUACGAUAUGAAGACACAGGAGCGUAUACAUGCAUCGCGAAAAACGAAGCAGGGGUGGACGAGGACAUCUCAUCCCUUUUUGUCGAAGAUUCAGCUCGAAAGACUCUUGCAAACAUACUGUGGCGAGAGGCAGGGCUGAGUGUUGGAAAUAUGUUCUAUGUUUUCUCUGACGAUGGAAUCGCAAUAAUCCAGCCAACAGGGUGUGAGAUUCAAAGACAGAUAAAAGCCAGCGACAAGAUUGUUGCAAGCUACGAAGAGAUUUGUCCCAGAGGGGAAGAGGAGACUGUUCAGUGUAUAUGGGCUUCUGCCGUCAACAUCAGAAAUAAAUAUAUCUACAUCUCCCAGCCCACAAACAACCGAAUCCUUAUCCUUGACAUCCAGAGUCAGAAAGUCUUACAGGCUGUGUCAACGGAUCCUGUCCCUGUGAAAUUGCAAUAUGAUAAGUCACACGACCAAGUUUGGGUCCUCAGCUGGGGAGAUAUGAAGAAAACAAAUCCAACUCUACAGGUUAUUACUCAAGCAAGUGGACACAGAGAUCAUCAUACCAUCCAUACACAGCCAGUUGGCAAACAGUUUGAUCGAGUGAAUGAAUUUUUCAUUCCUCCAACUAACCUCAUCAUCAAUCACAUUAGAUUUGGAUUUAUUCUUCACAAGUCGGAGGCUGCGCUUCACAAGAUCGAUCUGGAGACUGUGGCCUACAUCAAAACAAUCAGCCUUAACAACUACAGCUGCAUCCCACAGGCAAUAGCCUACACUCAUCUAGGCGGCUAUUAUUUUAUCCACUGUCAGGCUAACAGCUUGGCCAAGUCCCAGCCGCAGAUCAUUGUAGACAGCGUCACGGAUUCUGUGAUUGGAUACAAUGAUGAAGUGUCAGGCACACCGUACAUCUCUCCUGAUGGACAUUACCUAGUCAGCACAGAUGAGUACAAGGGGCUAAUUAGAGUCCAAUCUAUUACCCACCAGGGAGAGAUCAAGCCUGCCUUCGACAUCACUACAAAUUUGCAAAUAGCUGACGUGACCUUUCAGCCAUCGUUCACAGAAGCUAACCAGUACUACAUCUACGCUAGUUCACGUGUUCAAACAGACGUUCUGUUUCUGGAACUCUCGACGGAAAAGGUGAACAUCCUCAAGGGCCUAAAGGAUCCCACGGAGCCAGAGGAAUGGGUGUGGGACAGAAACAACAGGGUUGUUGUAGGCAGUGGUCUGUUUGGACAGCACCUUGUUACUCCAUCCAAGGAUUCCCUAUUCAUCAUAGCUGCAAGACAAAACAAAUUAAACUGUGAGAUAUCCAACAUAAAAAGAGGUAAUGCAAUCGUGUGGGUUGGGGAAGCAUGAUGAGAGAUAGUGGAGCUUACAUAUUAUUUUGACCUUUUACACUCCUUUUAAGA